AGAAAUGACUUUUGCAUGAGUUUGAGAUUAUGGAAUUGGAUGGGACUUCAUUGGAUGCUUAAGAAAUUUGCUGAAAUAGGGACUUCGUACCUACGAAAGCCUGCAGUUUUAACAAACCACUAUAACAUAGUGAAAAUACAUAAAGACAGCUAGUUUAAGCUCUUCUAGUAGUUAUUUCUGAGCUUCAAGUACCUUAUUUUGCUCAACUCUCUAGACUCCUUUUUACUAUGCAACACAUUUUAUAUCAGAUGUAUUUCUAAAUCUUCCAGAUUGAUAGGGCAGUAAGAAGUGGUUUUGGUAGGUUUUCUUAGAAGGAAGAUAUUUUGGCCAUGAUUAUGGAUGAUGCUCUUCCGUUUCCACAUAGAUUAGAAGGCUCUUUCCCCUGCCAGAGACUUUAACCAUUUGUGUACCCAAGAGCUGAUCUUAUUAGCCUUUUUCCUUUAUUUUUUUAAAACUAUAUAAGCUGCUCAGAUGUACUGUUGAAAGUCUUUGUCAGUGGUGCACAUUUGGGCUCCAUCUCUGAGCUGUAACAUCCAAGGUGCAGUGCUGAAUUACAGGUUUGCUGGAGUGGUGUAAUGGGCUGUAUAUCUUCACAGGGACUGCCAAAAUGCCCAACAGGUACAGAAUUUUUCUGAAAUCAAUGGCUCUUUGGCUUUUCAAAGUCCAUCUCAAUGCUUUUUAUUUAUAUUUAUUUAUUUAUUGUUGCUGUUGUUGUUUGUCUGUUUGGAUUGUGCUGCACCAGGGCUUGCCUUGUUUGCACAUGAGUCAGGAGACAUUGUGUCCCCAAAGGGAUAAUUGGAUGGGUCCAGUCCUGGUACACCUGCUAGAGCAGAAACCCACACCAGCAGGGAUGAGGAAUGUGGAUACCUGAGGAAGUGCAUCAGGUCACAAACUCUUCUUGGAUAGGCAGAAACUGCCCUGAAAAUUUUGUGUGUGUACUUACAAAUAUUUAUAAAAUUAUAUCAUUGUGUAAUAUACUUAAAGAUGACUUGAAGACUAUCUUUGGAGCCUCUAGCAAAAUUCAGCAGUUUCCUAAACUCGACUUUAAGAUUUUCCUGAAGUCAACUUUGAGAUUUAGUGUCUAGCACACUUUAAGUCUUAUCUAAAGCUGACUUGAAGACAAAGUCCUCAUGUCAAUAUCAAGACAUUCGUUGCCACCAGGAGACUUAACCACUUCCUGUGAUCAAAUCUAAACUUUUUAGUCUCCAGUAGACUUAGAGAGUUUCUUCAAAAACACUUAAGGCUCUAAACUUGUAAAAGAGUAUCUGAGAUACCCUUUCAAUAUAGCAGUGGGCAAUGGGCAACCCCAACCCGACUACAGGAAGCCAGUUUGCCAUGCUUUUUGAUCCAUACUCAGCUUGUUCAAUAGUUUGGACUGACACACAACUAGCAGGAAAAGCUCAGACAUGUAAUGGCAAACACUGCAGUACACAAGACCCCAAAGGACACGAAAAGUUCUACAUAGGUUCCUCAAAUGGCACAUGGAGGAGCCUGGGAUGAGGAUAAAUAGGCAGUCAGCUGUCUUCAGAUACUUCUUAUGCAUCUUUUUCAGCUCAGAAGAAAGUAUUUUCUGGAGUCCCACAGGAGCACUCUUAGGGGUAUUAUUGCUAUUUUAAGAUUUGGCCUCACAGAAAGAUGUAACUAACAAACUCGUCACUGGAAGAACAGCCUACAGAAUUAUGGCUUCAGUUGAUUCUUGUGCUCUCACCAGAAACAAAGGCGUUUCAUGCUGCCCUUUUCAGAUCAUGUUCAUGUGGUAUUCACACAUUUUCUGCAAUUCAGCUCCCUCGGUGUCUUACUCUCUUGCACAGGAAGGAAGGGAACAGCUCCACUGGUGUGUGCCAUCUUUCAGUUGUUUCUUUCUUUCCGAAAGGAAAGCACAACAUGAAACACCCACAGAAUGAUUUCCCUUUCUGUUGCAGAUGAUCUCUCUGCCCACCUCUUCUGAGAUGGUGAGUAACCACCAUGCUUCAGUUUGCUGUUUUUUUUUCAUCAAGACCCAAUAUCUCACAUGCAUGUGCUCUUUCCUAAACGUGCCCAUGUUCAUGUGUUACCCAUCUCCCUCUGUGACUAGUAUAUCAUGAUUGCAGUCCCAUUCCUGUCUUCAUUCUGCUCUCUCCUGUUGUAACAGGAGGAUUUUUCUGGUCAUUACAAAGCAGGCUUUGUAAUGGCUUAGAUUUGGUUUUUUCCCAAAUGGCCCCCAUUCAAAUGGCUUAGAUUUGGGUUUUUCCAUGGGGUGCAUUAAGUGAUCUGUGGGAACGGCUGAUGUUUCCACUUGUGUUGUAAAUUGUGGUUGUUUGUUUGUUUAUUUUUAAAAAGGCAAACCCCUUUCCAACCAAAAAAUGCAUGAAGGACAACAUUAAUGUGGACACUCUGCAGCUCAUAAAGGAGAAACCUAUGACAUUUCCUGCUAAAACCGAACCCGUACCCCUUUGAAGUUCUGUUUCCAGCAGCUGCAGAGAGCUCAGCUGUCCUUUGUCCAUGAGGUAAUCCAGCAGAAGAGGCAGCAGGGACCAUGUCCCUGGUGUCACACCGGUGCUGCAAUAAAACAUUCCCAGGGUUACAAGCCCAGCUGGCUGCGAGGCAGUCCUCUCACCCUCCCCAGGUAGGUCUGACUUUGGGGUGGCUGCAAGCAGGGACAACAGAGGAAAUAUCAGCAUUUAACGGCAGUGGUGCUUCAGACACUGGCAGCUGGUUGAUUCAGCUACUGCCAUAAUGUGACCUCUUGCCAGUUCUUCAUAUCACUGAGGUUCCUUCCAGUGCUAAAGCUUAAUGCAUUUUGCAGGGAGGAGUAGAUGACCUUUCCAUUAUUUCUGCUGAAGUGACACGCCAUCUCCGAAGGACAGCAGAACAGAAAGUAAGUAAUGCUGGAUUUCAGUCUGCUGGGGCACGGGUGGAAGAUGAGAAAGGGAGAGGCGGCAAGGAAAGUAAUUUAGCAGCUCAUUUAUUUUCUGUAUGUAUGAGAACAUUUGUUUUUGAAGUGCACCUGUCUAAAAAGAUUUGACUUGUCGUGGACGGCGAAUAAAAGCUUCUCACUGAUGCAAGGUGGCUGGGAUUAAGAGAAUUCCUCCAACAGAAAAUGUGAUCUCCUAACCCCACUGGUUUCUUAACAUCCACCCAACAGUGGUGGCAACCAACUCUGUUUCAGUUCCAGGUGAAGGCUGCCUGGCUUGUUGAAGGGAUUAUAGCCUGUGCUUGGUGGUAAGAGCAGGGAUUGUGCCUACCUAGAUUCCUGCUUUGGGGAAAUAACCUCCACCUUUAGCAUUUACGCAGGCCUUUCUUCACUGCCUCUGUGUGUGAAGGCUAAAUUGGGCAAGACCUGCAGCUCCUUCUAAGCAACUGCUGAGCUUUUGCUUUGCCUGUUGGCUGCAGUGAUUCCACUGGAAUUCUGCAGUAUUGUGUAGGGCCAGAGAGAGCUUGAAUGUGUCUGUGUCAAUGAGUUUGGCAAACUUCACCUAAAAGUCCAGGGUCCUCUUUCAUCAGGGAUGUAAACCACGGCCUUAGACACUCUGGGUCCUUAGAGAGGGAGGGAAGAGGCAAGUGCAGAAGAUACAUCAGAUCCUAAAGAAGAUGUGUCCUGUUUCAGAAGGGACCCUUCAACAUGUCCUCUCCCCACCUACAGCAGAAGGGUCUUUGAAGAGGUGAUGCAGCUUACUCAGAUUGCUUCUCCGAAAGUCUGGUGAUGGACAUGCGCUGCUCACCCAGUCUGUAUCUGUUGGCACUAAACCAAGGGAAACAGGUGAUUGUAAACGAUGUCCACCUUAGAAAUGGACUUGAGAGGACUCAGAAUGACACUGGGGCUACUAAACAGGGCUGCAAAUUCUUCCAGCUGCAAGGUCUGGAGAAGCAACAGGGAAAGGAAGCUGUGUUUUUGUGUAUGUCCAAAUUCAGCCUAAUUUAUCGACUCCUUUAUUUUCUGUAUCUAUGCAAAGAUUAUUUUUGAAUUGCGUUUAGUUGCUCAUCCUGAAGGGCUCAUAGAGUUUUCUUGCUGAUUUUUUGUUUGUUUGUUUGUUUUGGGUUAUUCAGAGCAAAUGUUGACAUUUUCAUUGUUUCGUUGUGGUUUUGGUCUGCACGACAUUGGAAUCUGCUGUUAUUUUGGUGAGUUCUGCCUGCAUGUCUUUUCGUAGGUCUCCUUUUGCAAGUAGAAAUAUGAACAAAAAUGUAUCCUUUCUCCCGUUCACGUUGAAAGGAGUAGAAGUUGCUUUUGGAAGUUUAAGUUAAAUGCAUUUGGAGGAAUGUGUUCUGCGGCACACAUUAGAAAACAGAAUUUAAAUUCAGUGUAUAUGUUGAACAAAAAACAAUCACGUGGCCAUUAAUUCUAAAAAGAUUCAGUGUGGGAAAUAUUCAGUCUAUAGUGUCAUCAUUUAUUUUCAGUUCUAAAAUUGACCUGACUGAGAGAAGAGCAUUCCCCCAUCCCUCGUAUUAGUAAAGCAUUUAUAAGGAAGGAAAAGAUGAGGAGCAACGUGCAGUAGAAUGUCAACACAGAGCCCCAUGUCUGAUCCCCAUGCUUCACUCAGGUUUGUAUCUGCCACUUAUUUUGCAUGAAAUGAUGUUUUCUCUCAGCUGUGCAACACGUAAAACUCUAACUGACCUUGUUCUUUGCUUCCAAAAUUUUAAAAUGUCGAAGAACCAAUUUUACAUAGGUCUCAUUCAAUCUACCUUCUCUAGAAUGGAGAACUUCCCAUGGAAUUAGCUGUGCCAACAUUCUUGUUCCACGUCCUUCUCAACUGUUAUGUCUGACUAUGCGCUACGUCGCUGCUUGCUCCCUUUGAUAUUGUGCAUAAAAUAAUUGUGCUACCACUAUGUCUGUUGAGCAACCCACGUGCUGGGCAGUGCUGAGCUGGGGGGCCAAGAUGGAGGCAGGAAAUGCCUGAAGAAAACCACACUGCUGUGACUGAGUUUGUUCUCUUGGGUUUCACUGACCGUCGGGAGGUGAAGUUUCCUUUGUUUGGGCUCUUCCUGCUCAUCUAUGUCACCACGCUGGGGGGCAACGCUGGCCUCAUCGUGCUCGUCCAGCUCAGUGCCAGCCUUCACACCCCCAUGUACUAUUUCCUGAGCAAUUUAUCCUUCUUAGACCUCAGCUAUGCCUCCGCCAUUGCUCCCAAGCUGCUGGUGAAUCUUGUGGCGCAGCGCACCACCAUUUCUUUCUUUGGUUGUGCAACACAGAUGUUCCUCUUUGCCGCCCUGGCUGAUGCCGAGUGCUUCCUUCUGGCUGUGAUGGCCUAUGACCGCUAUGUGGCCAUCUGUCAGCCUUUUCUCUACUCCGUUGCCAUGUCGCGCCGGGCCUGCGCCUCCAUGGUAGCCGGGGCUUAUCUCAGCGGGGGCCUGACCUCGCUGGUGCACACAUCUUUCACGUUCACCCUGUCCUUCUGUGGCUCCAACACCAUCAACCACUUCUUUUGCGACAUUCCCCCACUGCUGGAGCUCUCCUGCUCCAGCACCAUGGUCAACGAGGUGCUUCUCAUCACCUUGUGUGGCUUCAUACAAAUCAGCUCCUUCCUGGUCAUUGUUAUCUCCUACGCCUGCAUCCUGGGCACCAUUCUCCGACUCCACGCGGCAGAGGGCAGGCACAAGGCCUUCUCCACCUGCACCUCUCACCUCAUGGCUGUUGGGCUCUUCUAUAGCUCCCUCCUCUUCAUGUACUUACGUCCCAGCUCCAGCUACUCGUUGGACACCAACAAACUGAUUGCUUUGUUUUACACUGUGGUGUUUCCCAUGCUGAACCCCGUGAUCUACAGCUUGAGGAACAAGGAGGUGAGGGAAGCCUUAAGAAGGUCACUUGAGAGGAAAGUGUUUUCUCAAUCAUUUACUUAGCAGGAAAAACUGCCUCUAAGUGCUGAUAGGGUAGCUUGGGCUCAGUGCAACACAAAGCCACUAAAUCUGUCUAAUUGCUGUUCCUGUUUUUCCUAGCAUCUCCAUCUAAACUGGUUUCCACAGUUGCACUUUGUUCUUGCUGCAGAAAAAGGGAUUAUGUAUUGAGUAGUUUCCUAAGGCAGAAACCUGCAAUAAUUAAGGCAAAUUUUAAUUUCAAAGAACCUAUCUGUCUGUUCUUCCAACCGAUCGAAUCUCUCCCAGAUAUGAGCACCUAACAGUUUUGCAUUUCUUACAUUUAGCGAGGUUACCUUCAACAUGCACUUUUCAUAGAAGAGUCCUCUGUCAUACAUUUAAGACAGCAUGGUUGAUUGUUAAAAAUAGAGCAUGUGUCUUCUGGAUUAAGCAGCUCACCUGUACUUUUUGUAGAGGUAUGUUGUAGCACCUAUUCAGAGGCAUGAGUGAGAUCUGUCUUUUCUAGAAAGUGAGUUAUCUCUAUUUUUCAUGUUUAACUUGAAUAAAGUAAAUAAAAACUUUCAGACGAUGGUUUUCCUUCUCUGAUAGAACUUUUUUUUCGGUAUCUGGAAAGUAAAACUUGUUUUGUCAUUUGAGGUAGAGAAUGUGCUAAAACAUUUUCAAAGUGUCUUUUGUUCUAAUGCAAAAUAAAAAUGUUCCUUUUUUAUGAUUUUUCACUAUCUUUGAUUACAAGUUCCUUAUGAUAAUCAGCACACA